AUGGCUUCAAUCUACAUUUCAUGUCCGGGUAUUGGAUUUGCACGUCCUCGAUCCCAUGAAACAGGCAGGAGAAAUAUACAAGGGAUCCGAAAACAACUGUAUUCAACAAACCCAACAACCAUGGCCGUAACUACUGAUGAUACAUCCGUUUUGAGACGAUCUGCAAACUACCCCCCUUCGUUGUGGUCGUAUGAUUUUCUGCAGUCACUGACUAACAACUACUAUUUGAGCGAAAAAUAUGAGACAAAAUUAGAUGGUUUAAAGGAACUAGUGAAGACAAUGAUAUCGGAAUGCAAUGUGAUGGAGGACACCUUGAGUACACUUGAAUUAGUAGAUGAUUUGCAGAGACUUGGGAUAUCUUAUCACUUCAAAGAUGAAAUAAGAAAUGUAUUGAAAUCGGUGUACAUGUGUUAUUUUGAUGGUCAUGUUAACUACUGGAACAAAUUAGAUUUGAACCUCAAAGCUCUUGGCUUUAGACUCUUAAGACAACAUGGCUAUCGUAUCCCUCAAGAAAUAUUUGAGGACAUCAAGGAUGAGACGGGAAACAUCAAAGUCCAUGUAGGCGAUGACAUUGUUGGGGUUCUCAACCUGUACGAGGCUUCUUUUUUUGCGGUAGUUGAUGAAAAUAUAUUGGAUGAAAUAAGAGAGUUCACAAUCCAAUGUCUCGAAAAGAAGUUAGAGCAGGAUGACAUCAUCAAUAUUGGUAAACAAAGCAGUAUGUCGAUGUUGAUAAGUCAUGCCUUGGAACUUCCGUUGCUAUGGAGGCCUCAAAGAUUUGAACCAAUAUGGUUUAUAGAAGCAUACAAAAGAAGAAAUGACAUGAACCCAUCCUUGUUGGAGCUUGCUGAAUUGGACUUCAAUAUAGUGCAAGGGAUUCACAGAGAAGAUCUUAAGUACUCAUCAAGGUGGUGGGAUAGUUUAGGGUGGCAUAAGAAGUUCAGCUUUGCUAGGGACAGGUUGGUGGAGAGUUUCAUGUGGGCUGUUGGUGCAAGUUACCAACCAUCAUUUAGUGUUCUAAGGAGAAACAUCACCAAGCUUAUUUCCCUAAUAAACGUCAUUGAUGAUGUUUAUGAUGUCUAUGGUACUCUGGACGAACUCAAACAAUUCACUGACGCUGUGAGAAGAUGGGAUACCAAUGCCAUUGAAGAACUUCCGGAUUACAUGAAGAUAUGCUUCCUUGGAUUCUAUAAUACCAUCAAUGAGAUGGCAUACAACACCUUAUUGGCCAACCAAGAAAUCCUUGUUUUACCAUAUGUCAAAAAAGUGUGGGCAGAUUAUUGUGACGCGAUCCUUUUGGAAGCACAAUGGUUUCAUAGUGGAUAUACCCCAUCUCUCGACGAGUACUUGAAAAACUCAUGUGUUACUAUCUCUGUUCCGGCAAUACUCUCAAAUAUAUACCAUAUCACUUCAAGUGAUCUUACAGGAGAGGCCUUGCAGAACAUAGUGCACUGCUCGUCCAUGAUUCUACGUCUUGCUGAUGAUUUGGGAACAUCCACGGCGGAGCUUGAGAGAGGUGAUGUUCCGAAAUCAAUCCAAUGCUACAUGCAUGAAACCGGUGCUUCUGAAGAAAAAGCCAGGGAGCAUAUAAAGAAGUUAAUCAUACAAACAUGGAAAAAGUUAAAUCAAGAAACAAUGUCUGCUGCUGCUAAGUAUGAUCCGUCAGCUUCCGAAAUAUUUGUAGAAUGUGCAACAAACCUUGGUAGGAUGGGGCAGUUCACAUACAAAGAUACGGAUGUAUUUGGCACGCCAGAUGAUUUGUAUAAAUCUCAUCAAAUUUCUUUGCUUUUUACUCCUAAAUCUUAG